AUGAGGCAGCCACGGAACCCCGAAACCCCCUCCACCAUCGCCCAAAAUUUUCUCACCUCCUUCUCCCAAGCCCUCUCCUCCCCCGACGCCAGCCAACUGACCCCCCUCCUCCACGACGACAGCUGGUGGCGCGACCACCUCGCCCUCACCUGGGACUUCCACACCCUCCGCAGCAGUCCCCAAAUCCUCACCUUCCUAAAAAAGACCCCCCACCUCUUAAAAAACCUCCGCCUUCAAGAAACCGGGAAAUUCGCUCCUCACAACGACGAACCGAUCCCGGGGCUGGAAUGGAUCGAAUUCAUGUUUCAUUUCGACACGAACGUGGGGUCGGGGAAAGGGAUGAUUCGUCUGGCGAGGGGGCCCGACGAUGGGGUGUGGAAAGCACAUAUGAUUUACACGUCGUUGCAGGAGUUGAGGGAGUUUCCGGAAGGGAAGGGGGAGAGGAGGCCUCAUGGGGGAACGGAUUCUCUGCAAGGGGGGAAUUGGUUGGAGAGGCGGGAACGGGAGAGGGAGUUUGUGGGGGGGAAGGAGCCGGAGGUUUUGGUGAUUGGGGCGGGACAGGCGGGGUUGAAUUUGGGGGCGAGGUUGCAGGGUCUGGGGGUUUCGGUGUUGAUUGUGGAGAGGAAUGAGAGGGUGGGGGAUGGUUGGAGGAGGAGGUAUCGGAGUUUGGUGACGCAUGAUCCGGUGCAGUAUACGCAUAUGGCGUACAUGAAGUUUCCCGAGAACUGGCCGCUUUUUACGCCCAAGGACAAGCUUGCGGAUUGGUUGGAGGGGUAUGCUAGUGCGAUGGAGUUGAAUGUUUGGUUGCAGUCGACGGUCAAGGCGGUGGAGUAUGUGGAGGAUAGUCAGUCCUGGACGGCGGAUGUACUGCGAGCAGACGGCAGUGUCAGAACCGUGAAACCGAAACAUGUUGUCAUGUGCACCGGGCACGCUGGAGAGCCGUACAUUCCUACUUUCCCGGGUCAGGACGUCUUCAAGGGGACGGUAUACCAUGGAAGCCAGCACAAGGAUGCCACCUUCCAGGACGGCGUCGCUGGGAAACGAGUUGUCGUUGUAGGUACUGGCAACUCUGGACACGACAUCGCGCAAAACUACCAUGAGUAUGGCGCUUCGGUCACGAUGCUGCAGAGAAAGGGCACAUAUGUGAUCUCGGCGAAAACAGGCCUCUUCAUGCUGCACGAAGGCAUGUACGACGAGCACGGCCCGCCAACCGAGGACGCAGACGUCGCUGGCCAGAGCUUGCCAAUUCCCGUCCAAUUUGCUCUGAAUGUUGGUCUGACGGACCGAAUCAAAGCGGCCGAGAAGGCAAAUAUCGAUGGUCUGGUCAAGGCGGGUUUCAAGCUGGACUUUGGCCACGAUGGAUCGGGCAUCUAUCGCAAAUACAUUGAGAGAGGUGGAGGGUAUUAUAUCGACGUUGGAUGCUCCCAGUUGAUCAUCGACGGCAAGAUCAAGGUCGAGCAAAGUCCAGAUGGUAUCAAAGGAUUCUCGGAGAAGGCUCUUGUGCUGGCUGAUGGAAGAGAACUCGAGGCUGACGUGGUCGUGCUCGCGACCGGAUAUGAUAAUAUGAGGACGACUGUGCGCAAGGUUCUUGGUGAUAAGGUGGCUGAUCGCUGCAAGGACGUAUGGAACCUGGAUGCUGAAGGCGAGGUCAAUGCAAUGUGGCGUCCCUCUGGACAUCCGAAGUUGUGGUUCAUGGGAGGAAGUCUUGCCUUGUGUCGGAUCUAUUCUCGACAUCUUGCAUUGCAGAUCAAGGCAAGCAUCGAGGGCCUAGCCGGAUAG